UAUGACGACGUUUACAUAUGCGUUACACACUUAUAGAUUGCAACACAUAAAGGAUGUUCCUAAGUAAAAGUGCGUAUACUUAGCGUACUUAGCGAAACGAACAAUGAAUGCAAAAUUGCUUUCAUUGUUACAUUUUGGAAAAUUCGUAUGUCUCAACAAAUCCGAACAGAACGUUUCAGGCCGGUUUGCUGCAGAUCAACGCAUUAUCAGUCAGAACAUUAAUCUUAAAGGACAUGCGGUCAACUGAAAUAAAAACCGUGCAAGAACAAGUGGAAAGAAGUAUAAGAGAGCUCAAACAUUUCGAUAUGAAUAAAUCCGAGGUAUAUAACAAAAUCCUCGAAAAGUUUAUUGCACAAUCGAAGUAUUUACAUCACAUAAUCCAGAUGAGAAAUAUAAUAAACACUGUGGACGAACUGCAGUCGGAGGAAAAGAAACAGUGCUUGCAGGAUUAUUUAACGAUAUUAUUUGAUAUCGAGCAUAAUACGAUAGAGGACUUGCAUCAAUGUGUUUUAGACGUAUUACAUCACCUGGAAAAUGACCCCUUCAUCGAUCUACAUAUCCAAGGACAUGAAAUUUUAUGUAAUCUUAACAACAUGGACCCUGUCUUCGAGAAAUGUAGUGUUAACAACGAUCUUCUCGCUCAGCACGAAUGUAUAUCUGAAGAGUUACGCCUCUUCUGGGAAUUUACUAAUACCGUUAAUGAUGCCAAAAAAGAGGCGAAGAAAAGAACCGAAGAAAUUUAUCAACACUCCUUGAAUCGUAUGACCGAUGUUACCGAUCGGGCUUACAAGAUCGCCGAGGAAAUCAGAUCGAAAUGCCUCUCUAGCGUGAUUUACGAUUAGUACGCCAGCGUAAUGAUACAUUCGCCAAUCGCGACUUAUUUUUACUCGCUCAACUAUUUUUGGAGAAGCGUCAAGUAAGUAAGCGUCAAGUAAGUAAGCGUUCCGAGACACUGCCAGUCCGAAGAAGACAACAUCACAAUGACGCGUUUCGCCCAUAAAGGAAACGAAAUAGCUGACUGACAUAAUGCGUGUUUCAAUUUCAAUACCCUACGACCCCAUUGUGUUUCACAAAUCAAACAGUUUUAUUCAGCACUAUACCUUCCGCGAUAUCUAACAUUGCGUUGAACGUAGUAUUAUUGGGUAAUAUUCCAAAGAGACGUCGUAUGCGGAACAGAUAACCCAUAUAGCACAGGAAGAUUGCAGGAAUAUUAUAUGAGAUUACACUGAAACAUUGUAAUAUUCUAUAUAUGAUGCGAAAUGUUAUUGCAACCUUGCCGCAAAAUUGUAACAACGUUAAAAUGUCCACUCUCAGAAACACUGUAAUAAAAUAUUAUAGCAAUGUUGCAUUGCAACUGACUGCCUAUCUGUAAUUACGAAAACUGUUUCACGCUUCGUAUGUUUUUUUCGUAUCCCUGCGUGGAUUUGGUCUCGAACGGCGGCCAAAUGGUCUAUCCUAAUAUGUAUCCGAUGUCCUUGAUAAUCGGACGGUAGAUACCACGGCUGAGUCCAACGACUAUGACGAUAUCCUUGUCACCUCACCUCGUGUAACUCAAAGAGAGCGGAAAAGCCAAUGUGAUGUCAAAAUAUAAUCAAAUUCUAGUUCGCCAAAAUGA